UUGCAGCGAGGUUUUGCCACAGCUCUUGUACACAACGGAUUCAUUUGCGAGCGUUCAUUUUUAAAUGAUAAAAAGAGACAUUAGGAUUAACAUUUUUUAUUAUUCAUUCUUCUAUCUCCGGACACUACUGGAUUUAAUUUAAUACGAGAAAGGGUUUGCAAAAGAAGAUCAUCAGAAAACACGGUUGUUUUAAACUCGAACCAGAACGGAUUUUAGUUCUUAUUGUGGGGACGUUUUACUUUUAAAGAAGAAAAUAAGGAAGCAAGAAGGAAACAAAGCGCAAAGGUGUCCCUUGGAUUCCAGGCACGGAGUAGCCAGGUCUCCACGGUCAGGCAGGGAGAUGUACCAGGGAUUCCCAGGCGACUUCGACUCAGGCUCCCGUGGCAGCUCGUCCCCCUCCGCCGAGUCUCAGUACCUUUCAUCCGUUGACUCCUUUGGGAGUCCCCCUGCCACCACAACAGCUCAAGAGUGUACUGCAGCAACGUUGGAGAUGCCAGGCUCUUUUGUACCCACUGUGACUGCCAUAACAACAAGCCAAGAUCUUCAGUGGAUGGUUCAGCCCACCCUCAUUUCCUCUGUGGCUCAGAGCCAACCUUCCGCUCCACCAACUAUGUCUCACCAAGCUCCCCUCGACCCAUACGAUCUUCCUGGUACCAGUUACUCCACCCCAGGUGGAAGCGGCAGCUACCCAACCCCUACUGCUGAGACCCCUGGGCCCAGUCGUCCUACACGUACUCGCACCAGGAGACCCCGAGAUGAAACCCUCACCCCAGAAGAAGAAGAGCGGAGACGUGUGCGAAGGGAACGCAACAAGCUGGCUGCUGCUAAGUGUCGCAAUCGCCGGCGGGAGCUGACAGAUCGGCUGCAGUCCGAGACUGACCAACUGGAGGAAGAGAAGGCAGAACUCGAGGCUGAGAUUGCCGAACUUCAAAAAGAAAAGGACCGCCUGGAGUUUGUGUUGGUGGCACAUCAACCCGCCUGUAAAAUUCCUUUUGAGGAGGACCCUCAGCAGCAGGAACAGCAGCAAGUCAGGCCUUCGGUGUCCAUUCUUGGCCUGGCCGUCAAAGAGGACCCUUUCUACUUGGCCAGUGCAUCUGUGCCAGCCGUUUACCCACCUCACCCUCAGAGCCAGCAGCAGCCAGGGCUGAUGUCGGACCCGGGCGCAGAGGUAGACUUUUCUAGUUCUUUCUUUGCGCACACUGAGCCUGUGAUGAGUGCUCCCUACCCAGCUAACUCCUCAUAUACAUCUUCAUUUGUGUUCACCUACCCAGAGGGAUCAUCGACCUGCGGAGCGAGCGCACAUCACCGGAACAGCAGUAGUGAACAAUCCUCAGACUCUCUGAGCUCUCCAUCUUUACUUGCUCUGUGAAAUGCAAAAACAAAAUAAUACCAUUACCAAACCUACACCCAUACUUCCUUUCUUCUUGAUACCUUCCUGAUUCCACGUAAAUGCACUCGCACACACACACACACGCACACACAUGCACACACACGCACAUACACGCACAUAAAACCAGCACCCCUGCACCCCGCAGAGACAUCCUCUCUCUUUGUUGUUUUGGUUGUUUUUAUUUUAUAUUAUUUUUCUAUUCAGUUUUGGUUUCUUGCUUGCCUAGACUUUAAUUCUUGCCUCUUCCAUCCGCAUCAGUCAUGCUAAAAACUCUAUUUUUAAGACAAAAAAAAAAAACUGAAUUUGUUCUUUUCAUACAAAAUUUGUCUUCAAUGGUGUCGCACUGCGUUUGUUUUUUGUUUUUGUUUUUUGUUUUGUUUCAUUUAAAGCAAGCCCCGGAGACUCCUGAACUGACAGCUUCGUCCGACACCGAGACAGCAUCCUCAACGCCAACAACGUCGGCUUCACCCUGGCUAUGAAAAAAAUAAAUAAAUAAAUAAAAAACAAAACAAACUAAAAA